AUGACCACUCAAACACCCGUUGAGGAAUUUAAUAUCUUGCUCUCAGAGACCUCAGUUCUCUUUGUUGUUUUUUACCGCGGUCAUUGGUGUCCCUUCUGUAGAGCCUAUCUCCAGACCCUCCAAGGACUUUCGUCAUCUAUAUCCUCAUUCGGCGGCAAGACUCUGAUCGUGACCGCCGAACCGGCUUCUUUCCUCCCUGAAAUGCGGAAGCUCACCAGUUAUUCCGGUGACGCUAUCGUUGAUACCAAGAACACUCUAGUGGAGUUGGUAAAAGAAAGGUAUGAGCUGGAGAUAGCGGUGAGCGAGAGGAAGGGCUACGAGCAUGGGAUGGCGCAGCCGGGUAUUUUGGUACUUCGAGGGGGCAAAGGAGGAGACGUGACGGGACAAGGAGGAGCAGUAUUGGAGAAGUGGGCGAUUGUUCCGAGUGCAAUGAAUAUAGGAGGGGCUAGUGAUAGGCCGGACUUGGAGCAGGUUUGGGAUAAUGUCAAGGCAAAGAUUGAGGGGAAAGGAGUCGUGCAUAAGAGUUAUAAAACGACAGGCCUUUUUGGGAUGCUGUGGGGAAAGGUUUUCGGCUGA